UGAAGGCUGAGACGGGGAAGUUUGUGGAGGAGGAGAUCAGUAACAUCAGCAUGCCGGAGAUGAAGGGCAAAGAGGGACGCUUCCAAUACACCAUCACAGACGUGAAGAUAAACGACUUGAAUCUGACUCACGCAGAGCUGCAGUUUGUCCCCGACGUUGGGCUGCUGUUUGACGUCCAGGACUCCUCCAUCUCGCUGAGCUUCCACCGGAGGAUCCUCUACUGGUUCUUCUACGACACAGGGAACAUCAACGCCUCGGCUGAAGGCGUGAACAUCAACACGGUGCUGAACCUGAUCAGGGAUGAAGAAGGACGGCUGAAGAUCAAUAACAUCACCUGUGACGCCAAAAUCACCAAAAUGAAGGCGGAGUUCAGCGGAACGCUCGGGAAGGUUUAUGACUUCAUGGCCAGUUUCCUGACCUCAGGCAUGAGAUUCAUCCUCAACCAACAGAUCUGUCCCGCUCUGAACCAUGCAGCUCUGGUCCAUGUGAACUCUCUGCUGGAGACGAUCCCUGUGAGGACGGAGGUGGACAGCUACAUCGGGAUCGACUACUCUCUGAUCGAGGAUCCAGUGGUGACGUCCCGGAGCCUCGACAUGCACUUCAGGGGGAUGUUCUUCGACCUGUCGGAUCCAAACAGCACGUUGGAGAACCUUGCUGUGGAACCGGUCAUCAAAGAUUACGACCGGAUGGUUUAUCUUGCUCUCUCCGAGUUCUUCUUCGACAGCGGAAUGUUCUCCUACUACAAAGCAGGAGUGUUCCAAACGCACAUCGUCAACGAAAAGAUGUCCAGAGACAUGGAGAUGUUGUUGAGAACCACUUACUUUGGAGUUAUCAUGAUGCUGAACCCGGCUCUAGCGGAUGCUCCGCUCUCUCUGCAGAUCGCCGUAAACUCGCCCCCAAAAACUACCAUCAAAACGACCGGGGCAACGGUUGUCAUGACAGCCAUCGUCAAGGUCAUGUUGCUUCCUCCAGGACAGGCUCCAUUCCAGUUGAGCAGCAUGACCAUGGAAACAAAGUUCAACGCUAAAGUUUCUAUCAGGGGGAAACGUCUGGCUAUUCACGCCGACCUCCGCAGGUUUAAAAUCUUCUCCAAUCAAUCAGCACUGGAAUCUCUGGCAUUGAUUCCUCUGCAGGCUCCUCUAAAGGCGAUGCUGCAGAUGUCUGUGGUUCCUUUAAUCAACAACUGGACAAAGAAAGGAGUUCGGAUCCCUCUCGCUGAUGGGAUGGAUUUCAUUGAGGAAGUCGUUGAAUAUCACAACGGCUUCAUUGUGAUCGGAGCCAAUCUUCACUUCACCAAAGGACUGAGAGAAAUGAUGGAGGGCAACAACCAGGAAUAGACAGACAGCGUGUAAACAUGUACGAUGACAAACAUAUGUAUUUGUAUGUAAACAAAUAAAAUACCCCUUCGAAAUGA